CUCUGUCUUCUCGUCUGUCUUUUUCUCACUUUCUCUUCUGCUUGUAAAGUAACAUUGCUUUUUAGGACCGACCGCAUGUCUUCAAAAUUAUUUUUUGUGUAAUCGUCUUCAUUUUCUGUUAAUUAUUAAUCGUGAUUUAACCAUCCCAAUACCUGUAAUCCAUGGUCUAAGACUGACAAUGUUUCCAAUUUGUCUUCUUUUGGCCAAUUAAUUAGUUACACAUUGAUUGGUACAUAAAUAAUUCCAGGAUUAUUCAGUCUAUUAACUUCUGUUACCUCCAGAUUUUCAUCAAUAUAUUGACUACUCUAUAAAUUUCAACCUGCCAGAGAGAAACUACACACUCUUGUCUCAGAUAUCUUUUGAUCGGCAGAUUAUUUAAACAAAGUGUGAUAAAAAAAAUAGAAAUGAGUUUUUCUACAUUAACCAAAGGCUUACCCAAAUUCCUAUCAAAACCAGUUAAUGAUGAUCUAUCAACUAGAGGCAAUGGAUUGGAAAAAUGGCAAAUCGCUUUAUUGAUUGGCUCUCCUAUUGUGAUUGGAGCAGUAUUUUAUUAUUAUCACAACCGUAAAACUAUCCAUCGUAAUGAUAAAAAGUUACCUCGGGACAAGUUGAAAAAAGAUGGUUAUGCUGAUGCCAAUCAAGUUACCGAGCUUACAGAUCCUUACAAUUUAGCAAUUUAUCACAAAAAUCAAGGAAACAAGCUAUUCAAACAAGGCAAAUACGAUGAAGCCUUAGACUGUUAUUCCAAAGCAAUCGAGUGUUGUCCAAAGGACAAAACAUCGGACUUGUCAAUAUUCUAUCAGAAUCGUGCGGCUGUUUACGAGACUAAUAAAAACUAUGAAGCUGUUGUUGAAGAAUGUUCGAAGGCCAUCAAAUUAAAUAGGAAAUAUAUUAAGGCCCUACAAAGGAGAGCAAAAGCGUACGAGUCAAUGGGUUACAUCAGCGAUGCUCUUCGAGAUAUAACAGCAGUCGAUAUACUGGAAGGAUUUCAGAAUAAAAAUAAUCUCCUCAUGACUGACCGUCUUCUUAAACAAUUGAGCAAAACUAAAUCCAAAGAAUAUUUCAGUAAUCGCCCCUUUUCGAUGCCAUCAAAACAUUUCAUCAAAAAUUAUUUCAGUUCAUAUUGCCGAGAUCCCCUGGUUAAAAAUACGGAAGAUUUGGAUGGUGAUAAGCUUUAUUCCAUAUUAGAAGAGUUGCGAAGUGAGAAAUUACUUGAAGAGAAGCCUGGUAAUGCUUCUGCUAAAUGUAGUCUACUGGAAGGAACCAUUGAUAUUUUGAAGGGUAACAUCAGUGAAGGCGAAAGAAAACUCGAGUUGAUCCUUGGGUUCGGGGAUGUUGAUAUUGAUGUUAAAGUUAAUGCCCUCAUUAAGUUGGGUACGAUAAAAGUUCAAGAAGUCGAUGGUAAUUCUGAAGGUUUAAACUCAGCUUUAGAUUGUUUUAAACAAGCUAUUGAGUUAGAUUCUAACAAUCAAGAUAUUUAUAUUCACAGAGCUCAGAUUUACCUUUUAGCAGAAAAAAUUGACGAAGCCUUAGAAGAUUUGGAGAAAUGUUGUUCCCUAGCUCCUGAUUUCCCUUCAGCCAUUUCCCAGAGGCUUUACGUCACUUACAGAAUAGCUUUCAGGUCGGAAGAUUACGAACGAAUCAAGGAAUUGUUGAAAGGUUUCGAGGAUGCUCUUGCACAAUUUCCAACAUCUACUGAAGUUUAUUCACUUUACGCUCAGAUGCUAACUGAGCAAGGCGACUAUGCGAAAGCGGAUAAACUCUUUUUAAAAGCCAUAGAAUGUGAUCCAAAAGACGCUAACUUGAUCGUUCAUCGAGGUAUCUUGGCUAUGCAAACAAAUUUCGACUUUGAAAAGGCUCGUGAUUUGCUAGAACAAGCUCUCAAGAUAGACAAUAAAUGUACUUUUGCCCAUGAAAUGCUUGGAACUCUUGAGGUGCAACGAGGUAAUCUUACUAAAGGUAUCGAAUGUUUCGACAAAGCCUUAGAAAAUUCAUCCACAGAAAUGGACUGUGCUCACCUAUUCUCCCUUCGAGAAGCUGCUGUGGCUCAAAUAAGUGCUGUGGAGUCACUUGGAAUAUCUUUGACCCCUAGAUAAAUAUCUGAAUUAAGCUUUGAAUUGAGUCACUCGGACUUAUUUUUUUGUAUCUGUUUAUACCUCGUUGAUUUGCACUCAUCUUUGAUAUAAGUAAUUCUCAUUCAAACUGUUCACCGAUUAUAAGUUCAUCUCUCCAAAAAGGAAGCUAAAAAACCCACACAGCUGCUUUGUAAAUAUUGAGUUGGUAGAUUAAAAAUGUCAAUAAUUUGUUUCUAGUUAUCUCCUCAAAUUUAAGAAGAGAUUAAUUCCUAGUUUAUUCUUAGUUUAUAUGUUUUCAUCUUCUUUACUGACCACAAUAAAUUUAUCAAAAUAAUAAUUUUUUUAA